AUGGCGAGCAGUAGUAGACGUCGACUAAGUUUUGUUGAUUUUCCUGAUCCACAAGUAUGGCAUAAAUUGAUUGAAUAUGCUGAAGUGACUAUUACUUUUACUAAAUUGAUUACUGAUUUUACAAAUCAAUGGGCUAAAAUAUGUUUUUUGGCAUCAUCUCAAUUACAUCAACUUGUAAGUGAUUUUCGUAAAAAAACUGAAACGGAAAUUCGUGACAAAUGUCAUUUACGUGGUAGAAUGUACGAUUUGUGGGAAUCAUUAUUACUUGAAUCAGAAUUAGAAUCACAGUCUUUAAAAAAAAUGGCAUGUUUAAUGGAAAAAGAAAUUUGUACGCCAUUAGCAAGUUUUAUAACAAAUAAAAGUGUUGAAUUAUCUAUAAAUAGACAACAUCGUUGUGAUCUUCAUGAAAUAUUAGGAACAAGUCAUGCUAUUGUUCAAGAUUUGCAAGAAGGAUAUGCAACGAUAUACAAUGAUUCUGGAGUUACACCUGAAUUUCAUCACGCUCAUAAUCAAUAUGUUAUUGAAUUGGUUGGUGCCAAUGGUCUUUUAUCAAAAUAUCAAUAUUAUGUUUUACCACAACUUCUUCAAGGAAUGGAACAAUCACAAAUUGAUGUUAUUGAUACAGUUUGUCAAAAUUUACAAUUAUUUGCUUCUCUCAUAGAAAAUUAUCAUGAACAACGUCAUCGUAGUUUUGCAUCAUUUGUUGUAACAAGUACAACAACAGAUCCAAAUGAAGAAUUAGAAAAUUAUAUAUGUUCAAUAAAUGAAUCAGGUGGCGAGCCAUCAACACCACCAAUUAAUAUUGAAUUUGAAAUAUUUCACUCUCCAGUUAAUAAACUAACUACAUAUGAUUCUCGUUUACAACAUUUAUCACCACAUACUACUGAGCAAUUAAUUGUUUAUGCAGCACCAAUUAUUCAAUCACAAUUAUCAUUACGUUGUAGAGAAACAGCUGAACGUUUAAAAGAAGUAAAAAAGGAGAAAUCAGCAUUAUUAGCUGUUGUUAAUAAAACACUCACAAAGCAUCAUCAACAACAUGAAGAUCAACAACAGUAA